ACUGGAUUUCAGAAAAACAAACGCACAGCUGAGCACAUACGAGGCUCCAAUUGUUAUUCAGAUUCCUCUUUGCUGCACUGCAUCCAACAUUUUUGCUCCACUGUGUGCUGCACGUUUAGGGCUUGCGGCAUGACCGAGAACCGCAGACGCUUUCGCAACAAAAAACGCGAAGAUGGACGUCAGGGUCCUCCAACAACAACGCCGGUGACGAUUGCACGUCGUGAGGACUUGCGCACGCCCCUCGUCCUGACGAAAAUCUUAUUGAAAAAGGAGGGCGAUUCGAAUCCGGGCAGCAGCAGCAGUGGCAGCUACAACGAACUUCCCACAUCCAUUCGAACGAUCAUCAUUAAUCGCAGCGAUGCAGCGCAACAAGGCUGCAAUCCGCCUUCGACCAAUGUCACUUCUACGCUGAGCAGCAGCUCAACGGCGGCCAAAGAGAAGACAAAUGGCACCCCCACUUUCAGCCAGGACUCAUCGUUGCCAACCCAAAUGACACGAUCGGCGCCGCUGUACGUCUCCAGCGGCGUCUUUAAUUCCAAUGCACACAAGUUCUUCCACAAAACCAACACGGACUUCGCUGUCAUCGGCGUGCUGGGCGCCCAGGGCGUCGGCAAGUCCACGCUGCUCAAUCUUCUGGCCAGCGAGCGUGCUAACGACUACGAUUACUACCAGCAUAUUUUCGCUCCAGAAGCGGACGAGUGCAUAUUUUCCACCCGACAUGGGUCCAGUCAGCAGAGCCAAUCGCACCGCCAACAUCAGCACCAACACCAACACCAACGUCAGCACCAGUCGCCGAACAGCUCCAAGCAGGUGCUGAAUCCACGCACCGAGAGUCUGCAGUUCUUCAUCACACGGGAGCGGUUUGUGCUGCUGGAUACGGCGCCGAUGCUGGCUGGCACCACGUCCAAGGACGCUGACCACUUAGAUCUACAGACACUGGCCACUACGAUGCACCUGCUCAGCGUUUGCCAUGUCCUGUUGCUAGCCUUGGACGAGCUGAGCCUGGAGCAGCUGCGUUUGCUGCACGCCGCCUUGCGGCUGCGUCCACGCGCUCCCUACAAAGGCUACGUGCGUGACUAUCUGCCACAACUGAUAUUUGUGCGGACGCGCGCCAAGCGCCAGGAUUAUGAGCCGGCUCGACGCGACCAGCUGGACAAGCAGCUGGCGCUGCUCUUCGAGAGCACUGGACUGCCCAUCCACCGGGGGCGCGGCGAGGCGCGUGUCCUCAACAGCUUUCUCCUUCCCGAGCUGAGCGGCAAUGCGGCUGUUGCCCACCAUGCGGCUGCGUCGGAGGUGGUUCGUCAAUUCCGUGAUCGUGUGUUCACUACCGUGCGUACGUCCAUGUGCCAGAGCAACGACUUUUCGGAGUCGCUUUGGUACGAGCUGUUCACCGAGACGGCGAAGAUCUGUGCCACGGACGGCCAGCACUUCGAGCAGAUCUUUGCGGAGAUCAAGCUGUGUCAUCUCGAACUGCGGCCCAAGUGGCGACCCGACUCCAAUUGGCGCAGCGAAUCUACCUGAACUGUAAUUGGCUCAUGUAUUAGCGCGGGAUGGCAUGAGCAGGCAACAGAAAGAGACAGGAACAGAGACGGAGAAGGAGACAGAAAGAG